UUUGCUAGAAGGAGGGAGUGUCCAGGCUGUCUGGGCUCCCUUCCUGCAGCCUGCUCUCAACGAGGCCCCAGGCACCCUGUCUGGGAAAGGGCGGCACGGGUGAGCAGUUCGAAGGUGGGGCAGGAGCCAGGGUGCCCUUUCCUCCAGCCUCCCUGGCCUCCCUUGCGUGCCGGUGACCCUGCAGCCCACCCUGGGCUAACUCUGUCCUUUGUUGCUCUUUCCUUCCAUCUUAGAAGAGGAUCUGCUUGGCUAAGAAAGAGUGGUUUGAAGGAGGCAGGAUGCGGGAGCUGCGUCUUCUGUGCUGGGCGGUCCUCCUGGGCCUAACGCAGGCCUGUCCUGAGCCCUGUGACUGCGGCGAGAAGUAUGGCUUCCAGAUCGCCGACUGCGCCUACCGUGACCUGGAGGCAGUGCCACCCGGCUUCCCUGGCAACGUGACCACGCUGAGCCUGUCAGCCAACCGGCUGCCCAGCUUGCCAGAGGGUGCCUUCCGGGAGGUGCCCCUGCUGCAGUCGCUGUGGCUGGCGCACAACGAGAUCCGCACGGUGGCGGCCGGGGCCCUCGCCCCUCUGGGCCAUCUCAAGAGCCUGGACCUCAGCCACAACCUCAUCUCUGACUUUGCCUGGGGUGACUUGCACAACCUCAGUGCCCUGCAGUUGCUCAAAAUGGACAGCAACGAGCUGACCUUCGUCCCCCGGGACGCCUUCCACAGCCUUCGUGCCCUGCGCUCACUGCAGCUCAACCACAACCGCCUGCACACACUGGCUGAAGGCAUCUUCGCACCGCUCACGGCCCUGUCCCACCUGCAGAUCAACGACAACCCCUUCGACUGUACCUGCGGCAUCGUGUGGUUCAAGACGUGGGCCCUGACCACGGCCGUGUCCAUCCCGGAGCAAGACAACAUCACAUGCACUUCGCCCCACGUGCUCAAGGGCACACCGCUGAACCGCCUGCUGCCGCUGCCUUGCACGGCGCCCUCGGUGCAGCUCACCUACCAGCCCAGCCAGGACGGCGCUGAGCUGCGGCCAGGCUUCGUGCUGGCCCUCCACUGCGACGUGGAGGGCCAGCCGGCCCCCCAGCUCCACUGGCACGUCCAGACGCCCGGUGGCACCGUGAAGAUCACCAGCCCCAACGUGGGUGCCGAUGGGCGUGCACUGCCUGGGGCCCUGGUCAGCAGCCGGCCUCGCUUCCAGGCCUUUGCCAACGGCAGCCUGCUCGUCCCCAACUUCGGCAAGCUGGAGGAGGGCACCUACAGCUGCCUGGCCACCAACGAGCUAGGCAGCGCGGAGAGCUCGGUGAACGUGGCCCUGGCCACACCGGGCGAGGGCGGGGAGGAUGCGCUGGGGCGCAAGUUCCACGGCAAAGCGGCAGAGGGCAAGGGCUGCUACACGGUUGACAAUGAGGUGCAGCCCUCAGGUCCAGAGGACAAUGUGGUCAUCAUCUACCUCAGCCGCGCGGGGGGCCCUGAGGCUGCAGCAGCAGGAGGAGGGGGCCCCGGGAAGCAGACCCCCGGCCUGCUCCUACUAGGCCAGAGCCUCCUCCUCCUCUGUCUCACUACCUUCUAACCUUCCCCUGCCCCCACCUGGGCUGGGCCACAGCAAAUUCAGGCCCCCCACCACCACCCGAUUCCUCUCCUGACUGUGGAUGUCUCUUGUCAUAAGCAGCACGGGGGUCUGAGGGCGGCAACUUCAAGGCCUGCGUGGGGGACUUCACAUCUUCCUACCUCCUUUCUCACCUCUUCUGGAACGCUCACCACUCCCAAUUUCUAAACUUGCUCAAAGCUAGUGACUAGAGCAGAAUUUGAUCCCAUACUCACUAUGUACGGUGCUAAUUGCUGCUAACCACAUUGCCCGUGCUCCCCGGGCAGGGCAGCUCGCUAACAGGGCGAUGCCCUAAUCAGCCAGGGAAAGCCUCACCAAUGGAAUUCCAGGCACUGGGGCUGACAAGCUGGCAAAGACUGGGGGCACAGGGUUGAGGGUUUGGCAGGGAGGAAACCUGAAGCAGACAGGGAGGAGGGUCUUGGGUGGUGGCUGGCAUAGCUUUGGGCUCCUGGUGACCUGCUUGAGUUUCUGCUGCCUCUCUCCAUUCCCUGAUCAUCUGGGGGCUCAGGAGUCUGUGCCCUGAUCUCAGACAGGAUCGGAGGAUCCAGGAGGGCCUUCAUCUCCUCCCACCCUGUGCCCCUCCACCCUGGACACCUGCUCUGCCUUUGUCUCCAAGUCCGCGUCUGUAGCCUGCCCCUCCAAAGAGGCUGGCUGUCCCAGGGGGCUGCCAAGAAAUAAACAGCAUUUCUGAUGCUC